GCCGUAGUUUUAUCUCCGCCCAUCAUCUGGUGUUGUUUCUGAAACAUGAAGCAUUAGAGAAUGAAGCUGGUGAUCUGGAGGAUCCUGAGCAAAGCUGUUAGUGUGCGCUCUGGGAAUACAGCUGCUGGGGAGAAACAUCUGUACAGAUGUGCAAACAGCACCGUAUUCAUCAGAAACCUGUGGCUGAGCAGCAAACUGUGUGGAAAAACUCAAGGAAGUUCCAAGAAGAAAGAGCUGACUGAAAAGAAGCUGACACGGUAUUUCGUGGACCAGCGCAGAGUGAAGCUCCAGGCCGGGUCAGGAGGAGACGGAUGCUGUAGCUUUCACAGUGAACCUCGCAAAGAGUGGGGCGGCCCUGACGGGGGCAACGGGGGUAACGGAGGCGACAUCAUCAUAAAAGUGAACAAGCAGAUAAAGUCGUUGUCUCUCAUAUCGGCUGCAUAUCGAGGAGAAAACGGAGAAUCUGGGAGGAGUAAGAACUGUUACGGACGCAACGCUGCUCCGAAAUACAUACAGGUCCCCGUGGGCACCGUGGUGAAGGAGCAGGGCAGAACAGUAGCCGAUCUUGCUCAUCACAGGCAGGAGUACGUAGCUGUACAUGGAGGAGCAGGAGGAAAAGGCAACCGCUUCUUUCUUUCCAACGAAAACAGAGCACCGAUGACGAGCACAGCCGGGGAAACGGGAGAAGGACGAGUGCUCCAGCUGGAACUGAGGACGAUGGCACAUGCUGGUUUGGUGGGGUUUCCUAACGCAGGAAAGUCAUCGUUGCUGAGAGCGAUCUCUAACGCCCGUCCUGCUGUAGCGGCGUAUCCCUUUACCACGCUAAAUCCACACGUAGGCGUCGUCAAGUACAGAGACCACGAGCAACUUGCAGUGGCCGAUAUUCCCGGUAUAAUCCGCGGCGCUCACCUGAACCGUGGCCUCGGUUUGUCUUUCCUGCGCCACAUCGAGCGCUGUCGCUUCCUGCUCUUCGUGUUGGACAUGUCGUCCCCGGAGCCGUGGGACGAGCUGCGGUGUCUGCGCUUUGAACUAGAUCAGUACGAAGCAGGUCUCUCUCAGCGUCCUCAUGCCAUCGUGGCUAAUAAAAUGGACCUGAGAGGCACACAGGAGAAACUGGAGGAGCUGAAGAGCCGAGCGGAGCAGCGCAUCAUCCCUCUCUCUGCUCUCACCGGGAAUAACACAGAGGAGCUGAUAAUCCACCUGAGAGAGCUGUACGACGACCAUAAGGAAGAGAACACGUUCAACUGGUAGACACGAGAGAAAAGAUUUUACAGGUGUCAACAUGUCUGUUAUGUGUACGAGUCUCUUAGUCGCUGGCUAUGUUAGCCUUGUAGUGUUUCAUUACACAACAAAGUCAGGAAGCAAAUGUCACACACCACACGUCAUGUUCGGUCGACUGUAGAUUCAGGAGCUUUGACGAUCAGGAUGAAGAACAACUUCUGAACUUCUUUGAGAGAUUUAGAACAGGUUCUGGUCUAAGACUGCUUCCACAAUUGUUUUUUUUUUCCUUUUUCUCCCCUUAAAUAUUAUUAAGAAAAGUAUUAUUAUUUUUUUUAACGUUGCAACAAUCAUAGAAGGCAAGGUGUCAGUGAUAUAUAAGCUUUUUUUAUUGAGUGAAUUUAAGAUUUGUUGCAUUGGAAAAAUGUAUCACAGAAACCACUGACUUGUCUAAAGAGUUUGUUAGAGCAAAUUGUAUAUUUAUAAUAUACAGUAUGUCGCUCUUUACUUUGACUUUACACUGAAACCGUUAAAACAUUUGGAGUGAAAGAGCAGGGAUGUAAAAUGUUUUUCAUUUAUUUAGUAAAUGCAUUUCUAAAUAAA